CCCGCCCCCCGUCUGUUAUUGGCUGCCAACCCGGAUAUCCCGUUCACUGGCGAGUCUCAAGGGACCGCCCCAGGAGGCUGGUCCAGCGGUUCCGGAACAUGACGGAAGGUGAAGGCUGGCGGCCGCCGCGCCCGUGCGAGGCCUACCGCGCCGAGUGGGAGCUCUGCCGCAGCGCCGGGCACUUCCUGCGCCACUACUACGUCCACGGCGAGCGGCCGGCGUGCGGGCAGUGGCGGCGCGACCUGGCCAGCUGCCGCGAGUGGGAGGAGCGCCGCAGCGCCGAAGCCCAGGUGAGGCCAGGUGACCCGACCGGGCCCGCCGAGCCCUGGAAGGCCGGGAACCAGAGGCGCUGGGCGCAGGGGGCGGGCCUUCAACAGGGACUUCGGGUCCAGCCCUCCGCGUGUGCUUUGAUUUAUAGCUCUUAUAUAUCAGUAAGAGAAAUGGAUUUCACAAUGGAGAAGUGGACAAAAGGGAGAGAGAAGGGAUUCACCCUGAAAGGACAUCAAAUGGCCUGAUACACAUUUAAAAUGACAGUAAGUGGUUUCUGCCCAGCAAAACAUCCACUGGGGUUUGGAGAGUCUGAGCACCUGGGCAGUGCUGGUGGAAUGUGGGUAUUUUGAUUAUCUAAAUAUCAAAUGCAUGCCUUUUGAUCUCAGAGUUUUACUCCUGGAAUUUUAUCCUAGGGAGUUAAUUGGGUGACAGUUCAAAGUUCAAAAUGUCCUGAAAGUGACCUGAUGUCCAGUAGUAGACAUUUGACCAGAUAACGAAUAUCUUCCCCAUCGCAGAGUACUACACAGCCAUUUAGUAACCUACCCACUUGUGGGAAGGUGCCUGCGGUAUGUCACAUAAUGAGGAAAGCAGGAGGUACAUCUGUCAGGAGGCAGUUAUUCCUUCUUUAGGGGAACAGGUGCAGCUCUGAGACACGGGCCUCGAGUGGAAGCUGUGACCUUCACCUCGGGGCUGGAGGUCUGUGGGGCUUUCACGUUUGCUUUGCGUUUCUGAUCACUCUUAACACUCAGGCAGAGGAGGUAAAAUUCUACAUGUAGAGUGGCCAGCACAGCUCCUGGAAAACCCCAGGCCCCAUCGGGAUUGUGACCUGCUGCCCCGAGUUUACUGGCAGAGGUGACUUCUGCUGUCGGUCAGUCUGUGGCCUCUUCCCUGCCUCUGGCCAGUCUUUCAGGCUCACCUCUCCUCAUGGCUAAGCCCCCAGCCUGUCUCAGCUGGUGAAGCUGAUUAGGUCAACCGAAAGCCUCAGACCCUGGGGCCCAGGAGAAGUGUGCACCUAUAUGAUAGAUGUUCACGGUAGCUUGAAGAGGAGUGAUCCCGGUGUGUGCUGGGCUGCACAUGUGGGCGGAUAUGUGUGGGGCUGCCCGUGACCAGGUCUCCU